AAACAUAUGAUUUAUCUUUACUAACACGGAGACAUUUGAAAAAGUUCAAUUAACCCCCAAUCUCAUCUUCUUUUGGGCCAACACAUCGGCACGCCCUUAUAUCCCGACGCUCUUGGCUUAUUCCUGAGCUUCCGGUGCAGUGAGUCUUAAAUAUUCGCGCAGUCUUGCUACCGACUAUCUCAGUAGACUUUUCUCUUGAAAAUUUGCUCCCCAGCUGCUAUAAUAGGUAACUGAAGCAUGGCAAAAGCAACUGCUGAUGAGAAAAUUCUCAGUUACAACGAUGUUGUUCUUAGGCGAUCAGAUCUCGACAUUCUCAGUGGCCCACAUUUUCUCAAUGAUCGCAUCAUUGAAUUCUAUUUUAGUUAUCUGGAAUCCUGCUAUCCUUCUGAGGACAUUCUUCUGGUACGACCUUCAAUUGCUUUCUGGAUAAAAGAGUGCCCAGAUAUUGGGAGCCUCAAAGAUUUUGUAGAACCUCUACGUCUGUCCUGCCGGAAGCUAAUAAUUUUUCCUGUCAAUGAUAACACCGACUUGGACAUAGCUGAAGGAGGGAGUCACUGGAGUUUACUUGCAUUUUCGAGAGACGCUAACGUGUUUGUGCACCAUGACAGCAGUGGUAGAGGUAUGAACAAAGAGCAUGCCAAACGAGUCUAUAAAGCUGUAGUUUCUUAUACAGAUACCAGAGCUGCUUAUCUUGAAUGCUCCAGUACCCCAGUGCAAACGAACGGUUAUGAUUGUGGUAUAUAUGUUACAGCCAUUGCAAGAUGUAUCUGCCAUUGGUAUCGAAGUGAUGGACCAAAAGAUUCAGAGGAUUUAUGGUUCUGUGCCAUCAAGGAGCAGGUUAGUCCAUUUGCUGUUUCUGAUAUGCGGAGCUCAAUUCUGGAGCUAAUACGUAGUCUAAUGGCCAAUCAGUGAAAAAGUAUUUUUUGGUAAUUCAGAAAAUGCAUGUAAUAUAUACAUGUAACACGGAAAUUCUUGUUUAUGUACCUCAGAAGAUUUUAUGAAGUGCAGAUUUUGAUCUAAAA